GUGACGUCACCACCUGACAACACUAUGGCGGCUGCCAGAGCUUUGGGCUCCAGAAAACACACUGAGGAGAAGGCGAUGUUUGAGGCUUUGUGAGGCGCUUUUCGCUUGUGGCCGACGGGCAGCCCGUUAGAUAGGAAAUUCACCUGAUAAAUGAAGGGGAAAGCGAGGGGGGUCGUUUCAGGAAUAUGCCGGAGGUUGGUCUGUUUCCCCGCGGUUGUGCUGGCGGAGAGCAGCGGCCGUAGCGUUCAUCACGUCUGUCCGGGAGGGAGAAGCGAUUUCCAGCCACUGAGGCUUUUAUUUAACCCUUUAUCUCGUUGAACGGCGCUAGCCUUCGUUUUCCCCGCAGAAGGAGCCGUUAACGGGCAGCAGACAACCGCACAGGAUGAAAUUUACCGAGCAUCUGUCAGCGCACAUCACUCCGGAGUGGAGGAAACAGUACAUACAGUAUGAGGCUUUCAAGGAGAUGCUGUACUCCGCCCAGGACCAGGCUCCAUCAAUCGAAGUCACAGACGAAGACACAGUUAAGCGAUACUACGCCAAGUUUGAGGAGAAGUUCUUCCAAACAUGCGAGAAGGAACUGGCCAAAAUCAACACAUUCUAUUCAGAGAAGCUGGCUGAGGCUCAGAGACGCUUCGCCACGCUGCAGAAUGAGCUGCAGUCAUCGCUGGAUGCUCAGAGGGAGAGCAGCCGAGCGCCGGGUCUCCGCCGCCGCCGCGCCGUCUUCCACCUGUCGCAGCAGGAGCGCUGCAAACACCGCAACAUUAAAGACCUGCAGCUGGCCUUCAGCGAGUUCUACCUCAGCCUCAUCCUGCUGCAGAACUACCAGAACCUGAACUUCACUGGUUUCCGCAAAAUCCUAAAGAAGCAUGAUAAGAUCUUUGAGACGUCGCGGGGGGCGGACUGGCGGGUGGCCCACGUGGAGGUUGCACCUUUCUACACCUGCAAGAAAAUCACUCAGCUCAUCUCUGAGACUGAGGCCCUGGUCACCACAGAGUUGGAGGGGGGAGACAGACAGAAAGCAAUGAAGAGGCUUCGAGUGCCUCCUUUGGGUGCAGCACAGCCUGCGCCAGCGUGGACCACGUUUAGAGUUGGACUGUACUGUGGAGUCUUUAUAGUUUUAUUAGCAACCAUCACUAUCACAGGUGUGGCCACUCUGAUAUUUUCUCAGAGUCAGCCCAGCCUGUGGCCGCUAGUGCGGAUCUACCGCGGCGGUUUCCUGCUCAUCGAAUUUCUCUUCUUGUUGGGCAUCAACACAUACGGCUGGAGGCAGGCAGGUGUGAACCACGUGCUGAUCUUUGAGCUCAACCCUCGCAACAACCUCUCCCACCAGCAUCUCUUCGAGAUCGCUGGUUUUCUGGGAGUGCUGUGGUGUCUCAGCAUCCUGUCCUGUCUCUUCUCUGAGUCUCUAAAUAUCCCUAUUCAGGCCAGCCCUCUGGCACUUUAUGGCUUCUUCCUGCUUUUCCUCAUCAAUCCGUUCAAGACCUGCUACUACAAGUCCCGCUUCUGGCUGCUCAAAUUACUGUUCCGAGUGGUCACAGCUCCGUUUCACAGAGUGGAGUUCGCUGAUUUCUGGCUGGCCGAUCAGCUUAACUCCCUGGCUGUGCUUCUGAUGGACCUGGAGUACCUGGUCUGCUUCUACAGCGUAGAGCUGGACUGGACAAAGUCAUACAAAGACCUCAACUCUAAAAAUGGUAUGUGUAACACAUACUCGUAUGGAGUGCGGGCAGUGAUCCAGUGUCUGCCUGCCUGGUUCCGGUUUGUGCAGUGCCUGAGGCGUUACAGAGACACAAAGCGUGCCUUCCCUCAUUUAGUUAACGCUGGCAAAUACUCCACAACCUUCUUUGUUGUGACUUUUGCAGCCCUCUACAAAACACACAAAGCUAAUGACCACGAUGACAAGGACAUUUUCUUCUAUUUGCUGAUCGCCUUCUCGGUGAUCAACUCGUGCUACACUCUUGUGUGGGACCUUAAGAUGGACUGGGGUCUGUUCGACCGCAACGCAGGAGAGAACACUCUGCUGAGAGAGGAGAUAGUCUACCCACAGAAAGCUUAUUAUUAUUGUGCCAUAUUAGAAGAUGUAAUCUUGCGCUUUGCCUGGACUAUUCCCCUCUCUAUUGGGACUGUAACUUCAUGCUGCCAUAUUUCUGAUAUUUUGGCCACUGUUCUUGCACCUCUGGAGGUCUUCAGACGCUUUGUGUGGAACUUCUUCCGUCUGGAGAACGAGCAUCUGAACAACUGUGGUGAGUUCAGAGCGGUGCGGGACAUCUCAGUGGCUCCACUGAAUGCAGACGAUCAGACGCUAUUAGAGCAGAUGAUGGACCAGGAGGACGGGGUCAGGAACCGGCAGGGGAAGAAGAACUGGAAGAGAAGCUACAGCAUGUCUCUUAGACGACCACGUCUCGCAUCCCAAUCCAAAAUGCGAGACACCAAAGUUCUGAUAGAGGACACGGACGACGACACCUGACCUCUGGCGGCCCUCUUUAGGGCUCAUUUGAAUGGACCACGGUCCCUUCAGGGGCCUUAAAAAAAAGAAGAAAAAAAAAAAAAAAAGCCUCUAACGGCUUUACAAUCAAGUCCAUCACAAAGCUGCCUGUCUACACCCACACACACAUGCACACGGUCUCAGAGACGUUCCCACCCUGACCCACACACCAAGACACACACACAGAUGGAUACACACACACGGAUACACACACACACACACACGCAUUCAGUUCAGCACAGGCUUGUAAUAACAGGAACAGUCAUUCGUUUGUUAGUUACUGUAUUAUAAUUAUUAUAAUUUGUUUAUUUUUGAUUCAUUGAUUCAUUGUUACUGCCUUGAUUAUUUUCAAAGCUCUGUUACAUCGAAAAAUAAUGAAUAAUCAAAAGACUUGUAUGUACGUUCGUUCGUUCGUUGGUUCAUUCAUUCAUUCACAUGCUACAGGGAUCUAAGUGUGAUAAUCAAAAAUAUAAGACUGACUCUCGAAGUUCUGACCUCCGGAAACGGACAAUAUUAAUUGUAAUCACCAACAAUCUGUUGGAACAUCUUGUCUCGGUGUAACUUUUUACGAAGACGACUGUAGUGUUGGUUCAUGUAGCAGUCCAGUAGAUGCGUUAGCCAUCACCAGUGGAUACAGUUCUAUUUUUUUUUUUCUAUUAUAAUUGUUGUUGUUAUUACGAUUACUUUUUAAGAAUGUACAUUUCAUUGUUAUUUAUGUGAAGGAAAGUUGCCUUGAUCAUUUAAGAGGAAGUAGUCAUGUUUAAUGUGUAAAGAAGCAAAGAUGUAUUGCGUCUGCCGAUACAGAUUCUCGCAGAUACGGACCUCCGUUUGUUUGUACGCGUACUUCAAAACCCUCAGGUGGCUUGGGUGGUGGGAUCGUUCCAAUGACACACUUUGAACGCUCGAGUGAACACGCACCACUCGUGCAGGUCUGGCUGAGAAACCACUGAACUUUUCGAACUUGUUAAAGUUACGAUGCCUAUUAAUAAUUUCUUUUGAUGUUGUUGUUGUUGUAUUUGCAUUAUUAUUUUUUUAAGAAGCAUAAAAAGCCAAUGCAGUCUGAAUGAGCGCUGCUUAUAUAGAGAACCUGUUGGAGAUCUAUCCAUUCAUUCAACAGAUAUUAGUUAUCUGGCUCAUUUAAGAGUGAAAAAAAAAAAAAGAAAAAGAAGCCAAAUGUCCGAAACAUUCCACGAGAGCUUUUGUAGGGAUUCCAGUGCAAAAAAAUAGAAAAAAAAAGGAUGGGGGGGAGGGCGAGAGUAAGGCCUGUACUUAAAAUGAGUAAAUUAGUAUCACUUUAAAAUAAGACUCCUUUAUAAAGGGUUUAUAAAUGGUUUAUAAUUAGUUUAUUAAUAGUUACUAAUUAGGUUAGGUAAAUGCCGUUAAAAUCAUUAAUAAUCAGUUAUAACACAUACGUAGAAAGAGCAACAAUGACCUGUUGUUUGGCAAAUAGUGAACCCACAGCCAUCUAUAUUGUUGCCCUUUCUACGUAUGUGUUAUAACUGAUUAUUAAUGAUUUUUAAGCCAUUUACAACCUAAUUAUUAACCAUUAAUAAACUAAUUGUAAACCAUUUAUAAACCCUUUAUAAAGGUAGUCUUAUUUUAAAGUGGUACCAGUAAAUUAGUAGGUCUGCAUUAGAUCGAGAUCUACAUAACAGGUAGUCCUGAGAGAGACCUCCCCCAUGUCUGUUUGUGUCUGGGUUCUUUUUUUUUUUUCUUCUUUUUUUUCUUCUUCUUGACCAUUCUGUCUAGAAUCUCUCUCUCUUUUUUUAUAAUUUUUUCUUCUUUUCUUGAACUAGAAUGUAAGUGAACGUUGUUGGCGUGUACGAUUUGUACAGUUUCUAUCACAUUCCUAAGUAGUAGCAUUCCAAGUGAGUCGAGUUUUGUCCACUUCUGCUCUUUUCUUUUCUUUUCUUUCCUUUAUUUUUCUUUAUAAAUGUCUUCCAGAGACAAAACCUAGUCCUCAAAGGCCACCUAAGGGUUUUCAAAAGACAAGGGAUGAGUACUUUUUACGUUUCUAUCCUGUGGUGGAUGGUGGUGUCUUGUCGAAAUUUAAGAACCGACACAAAGGCUUUACCCUUCUUCAGCUCGAAGCCCUUAAACACCAAACACGGACCUCUGUGAGCCUCCGGCACCUACAGAACCGAGGACUCUGGACGCGGUGUCCCUCAGGGGUGUGCCCUGGGUCCAGUUCAAUUCUGCCGAAUUUCAGAAUUCCACCUUUUCCAGUGGACUGUUACGUUACGUUAUGUUUCGGGCUCGGACAGGAACGAGAGAAGCUCCCACUCCUGGUCGUAGUUAGUCGUUAUAACCAUUGUGGUGCAUAGGAGCUGGGCUGCUUUCGCCCCUUUGGGAACAUAGAUUCACUUCAGUGCAUCUGCAAUAAUCAGAAGGCUCCUCUUCAGAUACCAUGUCAUGUACUACUGUCCCAAGUAAAGUGCUUGGACCAAAAAAAAAGAUUUUUGUGGGUGUAUUUUUUUAUUUUUCUUGCUUUGUGCUUCAGAUACUUGACUCAAAAUGAAGGAGACACUCCCUCAACACUGCUGGGGUUGUUCUUCCCACGGCCCUUCAGUUCUGUUCAGUCUCAAAUGUGCUGUGGGGUUAUUUUGUCUUGGUUUGGGUUUGUUUCUGGGUGUUUACAAGGAGAUGUAUAUAUGUACAUUAGUAGUACAUAGUAGUGCAUCUGAAAAAAUAGAAUAUCAUUAAAAACUACCUUUAUUUCAAUAAUUCAGUUACAAAUGUGAAACUCAUAUAUUAUAUAGAUAAAUUACACACAGAAAGAUCUAUUUUAAGUGUUUAUUCCUUGUAUUGUUGAUUAUGAUUGAUUAUGGCUUACAGUCAAUGAAAACCCAAAAUCGGUGUAAAAUUUGAAUACUGUAUAAAAGACCAAUUGGUACUUUUGGCAGUGUGGGCAGUGUGCCAAGUCCUGCUCGAAAAUGAAAUCCA